CAACUGUCACAUAGUGGUCGUGGGUCACCAGCUCCCCGAUGACCCAGGCCUUGACCUUCCCAUAGACAUACACACCAGCUCCCAUGCCCCUCUCUGGCUCGCCAAAAAUCCUACCCAUACACCACCACCGCACCCCUUCACGACACACCGUCAGUCCCUGCGGCCCCAAAUUGGGUCGUCAUCCAUCAAGGAUGGCUGAUCUAGCACCACUAGUGCUCCACCACUGCCUUCGCCAUGCUCCGUCCUGCCCCAAGCCUGGGCCGUCAUCGUUGCCGCACAAAAAACCCUAGCCGCCACAACUAUUUCGCUCGCCAACGAAUCUAUGCCAAAUUGCCAUCAACAAAUCAGCCGCCAUUGUUAGAUCUUCACCAUCCCCACUCGUACGAGUAAAAAGAGAAGAAUAGCAAGAGAAGAAGAAAAUGAACGCCAAACAUGUUGACGUCAUUGAAAUCAUAGUUCUUUUUAGGUCAUUCUUUUUAAAACAUACUUCGAUAUGGGAGUACCCAAACCCCACUUCCGCCAGGCGAUCUACCGCUCAUCCCUCAGCCGGACGCUAGAUUGCUCUCCGUUUCCAUCUCCUCUUCCCCUUAGAUCGGACGCAGUCUACACCACGCCGUUCGUCUAAUUCGGCCAGGGUUUUCAUUGGUGGCAAAGGUAGGAGACUGAGAUUUUGUGGGGUUGUUAAAAAGAUGGACAACAACGAAGGAAACAGAACAUCAUCAACUACCCUUCCAAUGUCAAAGGUGUCUCCCAUCUUGGAAGAAGGGAUCAAUCUAAUCCUCUCUCGAUGGACAGCCCUUGAACUAGCACUCCAACAAUCAGGGCGCCCUCUUGAGAAGCUUUCCUCAUGUAUCAUCUCCUUCUUCAUCAAUUCCAGAAAGGAGGAAUUAUGUCCAGAAGUUUUGGAGGAUAUCCUCUUAUGGGAGAUGGAAGAGAUGGAAACCAUUUUUGAAGAUGACACUGAGAUAAAGGAGGUAGCAUCCGAUAUGAUGCGUGUGCAUGAAGGAUGCACGAAAGGAGACUAUAGUUUUGUAGAGAGGUUGAGGGCUUGGAAACCACCCACUUGGAUUGGUGCCCAUGUUGGGAAGGCAACCGUUUAUGAGAGUGAUGAUGACAGCUCGGAUAGUGAUGAUUCUCAUGCUGAAGUUGAUGUUGGGAGUCCAGUUAAUAAUGGUGGUGGCACAUCAAAUAUGAUGGCUCUAGAUUUUCCGAUGUCUCAUCCUGCUGCUGCUAAUGGUGGUGCUGAAAUGGCGUUUGACGGUGAUGUAUGCAUGUCUCCUCAGUCAACUGCUGAAGAUGAUGAUGGUGGCGGGUGGGCUGUGGUUGCACGUAAGCACAGCAGCAGCAAUGCUCGGCGAAGGAUAGGGGGUGUGGGAUUGCCUAAUGGUAAUAGGGUUCUUUGAUGUGUUUUUGGAUUUAGACCGGAUAUGUUUUUCAUGGGUUUUUUUUUACUCCAGAGGGUCCGGGGGAGGAGGGUUGAGGGGGCCUGAAGUAAACAGGGCUGAAACUCACUCCAUUGAGUUUCAAAUCCUUUAUGUGUCUAACGGGUUUCGAACUCGAGACCUCCCACAAUCCAACUAGGGAUGAUAACCUCGCAACCAGAUGAGUUGUAAUGCUUGGUUGUUUUUCGUGGUGUUAUUAUUAGCAUUUGCUACUCUUUAGGCAUGUUACUAAGUUUUUUUUUUUAUGAAAAUAGGCAUGGUACUAAGUUAUACGGAGUAUUCAUCUGAUCACCUUUUUAUAAAUGCACAUUUAGUUAAAA